GUUGGGUUGCACGGGGUCACGCCGGCAGCGAGCUAGUCUGGCGGCAUGUGGCGCGGCGGCUGGAGGGCGCAGAACGCGGUCUGGAGGCUGAGCAGCGGUGCCCACCUCGGAGCCUGGAGGUGGGGGAGCACCAAGGCCUGUGAGCGAGCACUGCAGUACCGCGUUGGAGAGAGGAUCCACGGCUUCACCGUUAGCCAGGUGACACCUGUCCCUGAGCUGUCUCUGACAGCCGUGAAGCUCAGCCAUGAUGGCACGGGAGCACAGUACUUGCACCUGGCCCGCGAGGAUGGAAACAACUUGUUCAGUGUGCAGUUCCGCACCACCCCCACCGACAGCAGCGGCGCCCCCCACAUCCUGGAGCACACGGUCCUGUGCGGCUCUCAGAGGUACCCCUGCCGAGACCCCUUCUUCAAGAUGCUGAACCGGUCGCUGUCCACAUUCAUGAACGCCUUCACGGCUAGCGAUUACACCCUGUACCCAUUUUCCACACAAAACCCCAAGGACUUCCAGAACCUCCUGUCUGUGUAUUUGGACGCAGCCUUUUUUCCAUGCUUGCGGGAACUGGACUUCUGGCAGGAAGGAUGGCGACUAGAACAUGAGGACCCGAAUGACCCCCAGACGCCCUUGGUCUUUAAAGGCGUCGUCUUCAAUGAAAUGAAGGGAGCAUUUACAGAUAACGAGAGGAUAUUCUCACAGCACCUUCAGAACCGCCUGCUUCCUGACCACACAUACUCGGUGGUCUCCGGAGGGGACCCCCUGUGCAUCCCUGACCUCACGUGGGAGCAGCUCAGACAGUUCCAUGCCAUGCACUACCACCCCAGCAACGCCAGGUUCUUCACUUAUGGUAACUUUCCACUGGAGCAGCAUCUGAAGCAAAUUCACGAAGAGGCCCUGAGUAAAUUUCAGAGAAUUGAGCCACGGACGUCAGUGCCAGCCCAGAAGCCCUGGGAUGAGCCGAGGGAGUUCCAGAUCACAUGCGCCCCGGACUCGCUGGCUGAGGGCCCGUCAGGGCAGACGACCAUCAGCGUCAGCUUCCUCCUGCCUGACAUCACCGACACGUUUGAAGCCUUCACGCUGAGUCUUCUGUCUUCACUCCUGAUCAGUGGCCCCAACGCCCCCUUCUACAAAGCCCUCAUUGAAUCCGGACUUGGCACUGACUUCUCCCCUGACGUUGGGUACAAUGGCUGCACGCGGGAGGCCUACUUCAGCGUGGGCCUGCAGGGCAUCGCAGAGAAGGACGUCCAGACGGUCCGGGACAUCGUGGACCGGACGCUAGAUGACGUCAUCGAGAAAGGAUUUGAAGAGGAUCGCAUUGAAGCGUUACUUCAUAAAAUUGAAAUACAGAUGAAACACCAGUCUGUCAGCUUUGGACUCACCCUGACGUCUUACAUUGCUUCCUGCUGGAACCACGACGGGGACCCCAUAGAGCUCCUGAAGCUCGGAAGUCAGGUGGCUCAGUUCCGAAAGUGCCUGGAGGAAAAUCCAAGGUUUUUGCAAGAAAAAGUAAAACAGUAUUUUAAGAAUAAUCAGCACAAGCUGACUUUAUCCAUGAAACCAGACGACAGGUAUUCCGAGAAGCAAGCACAGAUGGAAACAGAAAAACUGCAGCAAAAGAUCACUUCUCUUUCCCCGGAAGACAAGCAGCAGAUCUAUGAGAAAGGUUUGGAACUACAGGCUCAGCAGAGUCAACCUCCAGACGUGUCGUGUCUGCCAGCGCUCAGGGUGUCGGACAUCGAGCCCCGCAUCCCGGUCACGGAGCUGGAGGUGGUGCAGGCAGCUGGGGACACGCCGGUCCAGUAUUGCGCACAGCCCACCAACGGCGUGGUCUACUUCAGAGCCUUCUGCAGCCUCAACGCCCUGCCAGUGGAGCUGCGGCCCUACGUGCCGCUCUUCUGCAGCGUCCUCACCAAGCUGGGCUGCGGCAGCCUUGACUACCGGGAGCUGGCCCAGCAGGUGGAGCUGAAGACAGGUGGCCUGGCUGCCGCCCCCCAGGUGCUCCCCGACGACUCACACCUCAACACCUAUGAGCAGGGUGUGCUCUUCUCCUCUUUCUGCCUCGAUAGAAACCUAGCAGACAUGAUGCAUCUGUGGAGUGAGAUACUGAACAACCCCCGCCUUGAGGAGGAGGAGCACUUCCGUGUGCUGGUGAGGAUGGCCGCGCAGGAGCUGUCCAAUGGGGUCCCUGACUCGGGCCACCUCUAUGCGUCCAUCAGGGCAGGCAGGACGCUGGCACCUGCAGGGGACCUGCAGGAGACCUUCGGGGGGAUGGACCAGGUGCUGCUGAUGAAGAGAAUUGCGGAGAUGACUGACCUGCAGCCCGUCCUGGGGAAGCUCUUGCGUAUCUGGAAACACUUGCUGAGCUGUGACAGCCUGAGAUGUUCUGUGAACGCGACUGCCCAGCAGAUGUCGCAGGCGGCAGGCGCGGUGGAGGCCUUCCUGAGGAGCCUCAGCCGGAGUGAGAAGCAGCAGAGGCCCGUGUGCCCGCACGUGGUAGAGAAACCUGCACCCAAGGCAUCCAGCAGGAGCUGCCCAGUCAUAAGGAGGCUGGUGACGGACCCCACCUUCGAGCCCUGCCAGAUGAAGACGCACUUCCUGCUCCCGUUCCCUGUGAACUACGUUGCCGAGUGCAUCAGGACCGCCCCAUAUGCAGCCCCAGACCACGCCAGCCUCAAGAUCCUGGCACGGUUGAUGACUGCUAAAUUCUUACACACGGAAAUUCGAGAAAAAGGUGGAGCUUAUGGCGGAGGCGCCCGGCUCAGCUAUGGCGGGAUGUUCGCACUGUACUCGUACAGGGAUCCACGUUCCACGGAAACACUGCAGUCCUUCAUGAAGGCCAUCGACUGGGCCAAGGCCGGGAGGUUCACCCAGCAAGACAUCGACGAGGCAAAGCUCUCGGUCUUCUCUGCUGUGGAUGCUCCAGUGGCACCUUCAGAUAAAGGCCUGGACCACUUCCUGUAUGGCCUCUCAGACGAGAUGAAGCAGGUACACCGUGAGCAGCUCUUCGCCGUCUGCCAUGAAGACCUGGUCAACGUGAGCAACAGGUACCUGGACGCCGGGAGAAGCACACACGGCGUGGCUCUGUUCGGGCCAGACAACGCGAGCAUCGCUAAGGACCCGUCGUGGGUCAUAAGACAGCGGUGACUAGACAACGUGAGCAUCGCCAAGCAGCUGUCGUGGUCAUCAGACAGCGGUGACCCUGCCUCCUGAUGCUGAGUGCCUUGCUUUCCUCAGCUUUUAAGUUAUUUUUUUAACAAAACUCUUGAUCAUGUGUAUGUAUUAUUUAUAUAUCAAAUAUAUAUGAUCGUAUAUACAUGAUAUCAUUUGAUAUCAUUCUUAAAAUUUUGCCUAAGGUCUUGUCUGGCAAGUCAAAUGAAAACUCUUCUGUCUUGAAGAAGGAAAUCGUGAUCACGAAGAAAUUAACGGAAAUCAUCACUCACCAAAUGCCAGAGACAGAGAGAGUAUAUAGUCUGAGGCUUUCUUAAGCUUUAAGUACUGUUUUACCUUACUGUCCUAGUGCAUGCCUUUUAAAAUUAAAAGGUAACUCUGA